CACACACACACCUGAGGAGGGGAAUCAAUCGCCGUGGGCUUUUUUUCUUCCAAAAUGCUGGGUUGCUAGAGGAUGGCGUCGGCUGUGUUUGAAGGGACCUCUCUGGUCAACAUGUACGUGAAGGACUGUUGGGUGAACGGCGUCAGGAAACUCAUCGUCAACCGGAGGGAAGAGGAGUUUUUCGAGAUCCGGAGCGAGUGGUCGGACAGGAAUGUGCUUUACUUACACAGGAGUUACUCAGACCUGACCCGAGUCUUCAAGAGGUUACUGGAGACCUUCCCCUUCCCCGCGGACCAGGCUCAGCUCUCCGGAUCGCCCCUCGUCCAAGGAUUAGUUGCAGUGAAGGAGGCUCGUGAUAUUGAAGCAAGACUGAACGAAGUGGAGAAAGUGCUGAAGAUUAUAAUUAGCUUACCCUGUAAAUAUUCCAGGUCAGAGGUUGUCCUCACCUUCUUUGAAAGGUCAUCAAUAGACCAAGUGUUAAAAAAUGACAGCAUACAGAAGAUUCAGAUGAGCUUCCAAAGCCCAGUCAAAAUAUCUGAAAUUAUGCGCUCCAAUGGGUUCUGUUUGGCGAACACGGAAACCAUUGUGUUUGACCACAGUAUUCCAAAUGGGAAAGACCAGAUCAUAGCAACAGAUGCCACUGAAGCCCUCUUUGAAAAUGGAAGUGAAUAUUCUGCCGAGGCUGAGAUCAGUGACCCUAGUGCCUAUGUCACAAACUUGUCCUACUACCAGCUUGUUCCUUUUGAGACAGAUAUUUUGGAAUGAUUCUAUUAGAGGAUUUAUUUAAUCAGAGGAUGGCUCUUUCUCAAUCCUCCCCCUCCCUGCCCCCAAUCCUCAAUUGAAGCAUGAACUUUCACCUUUGACACCUCUCUCAGCAGCUUGUUUGGCUGGUCCAAUUUCCCAGGGAUUCGGCCUUUUUUCAGUUUGUCACUGAAAUGUUUACAGAAAAACGAAUUGACAUUUGAAAAGCGACACUGAUUGAAAGUGUGAACCUGUGCACUCUGGAGUCCUCGUGUAUGAUCCUUGUGAUACAGAGAUCCACGCGACCAAGGUCAACAGGAAAAGAAAAGGGCAUCUCCUUCAUGGAAGAAAAAUCAUCACAAUAAUUACAGAGUUAUAGUCUUUAAACAGCAGCUUCUGAGGAUAAAGGUCCCAUUGUACAACUUUAGGAGCUGUAGCCAUAUUAUUUCAAAGCACAUUGUGUCCUCAGACCUGUUUGUAAGGAGAAAAAAAGAAGUUUGUGCAAGAACUGGGAAGGAUUUAGGAUCGUCAUGUGAUUGAUUCCAAGUGAAGUCCUAAGACUGGACACCAUCCUUACAGAGUGGAAAGUGAGAAAAGUUAGACUAUCUUCGAUGUCAAGUAUUUUGGGACCAGGAAGAAUGGGUGGAUCCUGAUGUUUUGUGACAAUUUCUAUUCCAGUUUUCAUUACAAAGCCACCGCAGAGUAUCUAGCAAGUGUUCACUUUGAGGUAGGUAGACAGAACUGUGACAGAACCGGCUACGAAUGAAAAGCUCGAGCGAUUGGUGCUAUGGUGCCUAUGCCUUAGUCUAAGAGGCUGCUCCUCACAGUAUUGCUGCUGCUGCAGGGAAUACACACACACACAUGCACAUUCUCUUCUACAAGCGCCUUUUAAACAAAUAUCUACUAACUUACUAUUUUUGCUUCAUGUAAAUAGUAAAUUAUUGAAGUCUAAAUUGUUUUAUACAAUGUGUCUUCAAAUGUAUUUUAUUUGAAAAAGUAUUAAUCAAUUAAA